AUGUUUGAACAAUAUCUACAUAGAUGUUACAUUAGGUUAUCGGAUAAAAAUAGAAGAAGAAAGAUAGGACCUGGUGAAGUAUCCAGCAACUCGUCGUUCCAAGUCAGCAAUGAACCUGAAAAGGAUUAUGUGGUCCCCAAGGAUGAGCUGCAGGAGUGUUCACGUGCACAUGCUGCAUCACACUUGAUUAGCUCUCCUCUACUUCUAGAAGCAGCUGAAAGCUUGCUCUCCACGCCAGGAAAUCAGCAGGAGAUCCAGGAGUAUCCAGGCUAUUCCACAGCAGCUAAAGUCACCAAGCUGUGA